AUGGGGAAAAUGGCUCAUAUGCAGAAUAUCAGACCACCGGGUGCUUUUCUUAGUGAUACUAAGAAGAAUCCAAAGGAUUGCAAGUCAGUCACCAUGAGGAAUGGCAGAGAACUUGAAGAAGUACACAUCAACAUACCUUUGGUGGAGUUUUUACAAGAAGUUCCAAGAUAUGCUAAGUAUAUCAAAGAUGUGGUUGCGAAUAAAAGGCGUUGGACAGAGUUUGAGACUGUUGCACUUACUGACGAGUGCAGUUCUAAAGUGAGGAGUAAAAUUCCUCCAAAGUUGAAAGAUCCGGGCAGCUUCACGAUUUCGAUUACCAUUGGAAACAUUGAAGUUGGGCUAGCAUUGUGUGAUUUGGGUGCUAGUAUUAAUAUAAUGCCCACCUCUGUGUUUCGAACGUUGGGCUUCGGUAAGCCUAGGCCAACCACUAUUACAUUGCAGCUAGCUGAUCGAUCUCUCGCUUAUCCUGAUAGUAUUAUUGAGGAUGUCUUUGUGAAGGUAGGCCCAUUUAUUCUGUCGGUCGAUUUUGUCAUACUUUAUUAUGAGGCAGAUAAGAGUGUUCUUCUCAUCAUGGAGAGAGGAUUCUUAGCUACUGUUGAUGCUGUGAUCCGAGUGAAAAAUGGGAAGAUGUCCAUGACAGUUGAUGGACAAGAGAGGACUUUUGAUGUGUUUAAAGCUACCAAGCUUCCAGCCCAUUAUGAGUAA